AUGGACGCGAUUAUGAUACCCGGUCAAAAAGAUGGCAUUUUCAAGCCGGACAAUGCCGCCAGGCCGAAUUCGACAGAUACCAGAGUAUUCUCGCUUCUAUCCCUCAAAGGGCGCACAGCAAUUGUCACAGGAGGUGGAGGAGGUAUCGGUUUUGCGGCCGUUGAGGCUUUCGCUGAGGCUGGCGCCAAUGUUGCCUUAUGGUAUAAUACAAAUAAAUCCGCUGUAGAGAAGGCAGAGCAGGUUUCAAAGACCUACGGCGUUAUAUGCAAGGCGUACCAAGUCAAGAUCACAGACGAAACCUGUGUCAAAGAAGCGAUUGACACAGCCGUGAGAGACCUCAACGGUCGUCUAGAUAUAUUUGUAGCAAAUGCCGGGAUUCCAUGGCUAUACGGUCCCAUCAUUGACGUCGACACACCACUCUAUCACAACAUCCUAGAUAUUAACAUGCACAGCGUCUUCUACGCUGCUAAAGUAGCAGGAAAUUAUUUCAGACGACAACAAGCAGAGUAA